CAAAGCGAAAACCCUGUUUCUUACUUAAUGAAUCUGAGAAUGAAAGAAAAAAGAAAAAACACCAGAUUGCUUGAAGCCACUGGAGUAAAUAAAAUCUUUUUUUUUCUUUUUUUUUCUGUGCCAUCGCAUCACAUCAAUCUUUUCUGAACUGCCUGCUUUAUUUGUUUGUUCCAAAGCCAAAUCGUUACAGAAACAUCAAAAAAAAAAAAGCCUCAGUAGUAUUUAUGAAAUAUUUUGCAUCUGCCUGGAGCGGCUAAUUGUCUGUCAAUUUACCCCAGCAGGAUGCCUAAUCAAUCCCCUCAAUUUGAGGCCUGAAUCAGAGAGGCGCUUGAUCAUUCCAUAGUAAUUACAGGGCAAAGAGAAACCUGAGCAACCUGAUUCAAUAUUCUACCCCACACUUCAUUUGGUCAUUUUAUAUGUACUGGUACACAUUUGUAAGCUUUGAUAAUGGUCAUAGAUUUUAUUCCUGAAGGUUAUUUUGGUCCUAAUAUGUAAUUUCUGCUGAAAUUAUUACUGCUUUAUCUAAAACUACCUAAAACUCAUCAGCUUGCACAUAUCGUAUUUCACAUUAAAGCAACUUAACUGGUCAUUGAUUGUAGGAAUGAAAGCACUGAUAAAUGCCAGCAACACUCUUAAUGGUUUUUAAUUUCUACCAUGAACUUUUCCCUUGCAUUCCAGUGUUUCUGGCUGACGUGAAGGUUUUCUUUUCUUGUGUUUGCUUUUAUCCUACUUGACUAAACGAAUAAUGUAGGAAUGAGUCAUGUUUCGAGGGCUCAGGUGAAUUAUAGAAAUGAAGACAAAGUAGAUGUGCAUCAGCAAAACGCAUCUCGUUUUCCCUCUGCUGCAGACAUUGUCUGGUUUUAGAUUGCACACAACCUAAAUUAGAAACGAGCUUACAGGAAAAUUGACACGCUUAGUAUUUUACGACCAGAUCCACMGUUAACAACACUGGGGAAAGAAUGGGAAUUUUGCUGAGAGCGAAGAACACUUUUCAGGUAGUACAUAAUUCCCCAGUUUAACCUAAACACAUGGCUUUUCCCAAGAGAUGCAAACCAAAUACUGGGGCUAACCACAGAAGGACACAGCUGACCCAGCCUCGCAAAAUUGGARGGAAUCUAACAUCAGUCUGUAUCAGACUCUCAAAASGAAAGAUCUGGAGAAAGCCUGCAGCAACACAACAUAACUACAAUGAAGAACGCUGAGAGCCAAUGCCGUGGCACAGUCGCAUGUGGCUUUUAAUGGCACUGUGUCACUACUGUUCAUGGAUGUGACAGGAGACAGAAGCAGUCAGAUGGAUUCUGAAGUCAUUUAGAGGACUGUCACCUCACAUUCUGUCAAAUUCAGUAAAGAUUAUUGGACUGUGUUUCUCRAUACAGAUAACCCAAAGGGCAUCAGAGGUCUUUUUAUAGGUGAGAGAGUAAAAUAUUUUUCAGUGACUGAGUCAAUCAAUUCUGCUGAGGUCCUUCAAGUUCAGUCUUUCGAGGGGAAAGUCAAAAUUAUCCGCAAAGCAGCAAAAGGUCACACAAAAGUGCUUUUAUUAAAUAAAUGAAAUAUUUUUUUUUAGCAGAGAUGCAAAUAAUAAGCUAAGGCUGUUCAGUUUUUGUCACAUUGCAUCCACAAAUUUUAAUGGAUUUUAUUGUGUGAUGACCAAAGAAAAAGUGUUUAWUGAAUUAGAARGGCCACUUUUGAAUUGGAACCAUGUUUUUACAUUUGCCAGCUACUUAUUGUAAAAGAGGGCACUGGACUUUAUUAGGGGUAUCAGAUUACAKGAGUCUGAACAAAUGCAAACAUUYUCCUGAUGUUCUGCAUAGAUAUCUCAAAAGACAGGACUUACUUUACAAUGCUAGACUGCAGUAGGCAAUUACAUAAAGUUUUAAACUACCUUAAAAUUUCAGGUUUUAACGUGACAAAAUGUGGGGGGAAAGCUCCACUGUUUUUAUUACAAUCUGUAUUUAUUUUUCUGUUUGGUAUUUGAACAGGGAAUUGUACCUGGAGAGGACCGAAGUGUUUGUAUUAUAGAAAAGGCAUCGUAUGCUGAAGCAUACACUGCGUCUYGAUCCACAAAUAGCUAGAAGACAUGCCAUUAGCUUUCUAUUACCCGGAUUUUUGUUUUGUGUUGCUUGUUUUGGGGGGGKKKUUUCACCCAGUGCUGUUGACUUAAYUGACAUGUCAAAUCGUCAACUCUCUUCUGGUCAUGUGGUGAAAGGUUUCCCAGUGCAGUGCGUCAAAGCGCUACAGAUACCACUGAUGACCGCUGAUCACCGUGAAUAUCCUGUUUUAUGUAAGAGUGGGCUAUCUGUUUACAAUAGAACCAGCCUCCUCGUUCAGAGGUGAGUCUCCUCAGCACCUCCGCGGCGCUGCUCCUGUGCGUCCUUUUACAUCUCCGCGCCCUCCAACUGGAGACAGUCACGGCGCGCACCACGCCAGGAGCGCAUCGGAGGUUUGCCUUGUCCUUUUUUUGUCUCGAGCUCUUGCGCGACACAUUAUGGGAUUGCGAAGAGAAGAAAAAAGAUCUAAACUAUCGAGAGUCAUGACUCCUCGAAACCAGUGAAAUUCUUUUGAUGAAUUCCUAAAGGAGAAGGAAACAAAAAAAGACACAUAAGCUCUGAAGAAGUGGCGCAUAUUUUCUGACUGGUGCGAUCAAACCCAGCUACAGGUGGGAUGCCGUAAUCAGCUUUUGGACAGGGAGAGAUCAUGGAGCCCUGGAUGUUCCCAUCAUCCCCACCGAACCUAACGGAGCACCUUUUGUAURACAGCUUCAUGCAGGGGAAUGAGUCCAGCAUUAAUGGAAGCUACAUAGACCACAGCUUCAACCAAACCAGCACYGUGGUCAUCACAUGCAUGUACUUUCUAGUUUGCGCUGUGGGACUUUGUGGGAACGCCUUGGUCAUCUACGUUAUCCUGCGCUAUGCCAAGAUGAAGACUGUCACCAACAUCUAUAUUCUCAAUCUGGCGGUAGCAGAUGUGCUCUUUAUGCUCGGACUGCCAUUCAUCGCCAUCCAGCUGGCGCUGGUCCACUGGCCCUUUGGGCCUGUGCUCUGCAGGGUCGUUAUGACUGUGGACUCCCUGAACCAGUUCACGUCCAUCUUCUGCCUGAUGGUAAUGAGCAUUGACCGCUACUUGGCAGUGGUGCAUCCCAUAAAGUCCACAAAGUGGCGAAAACCACGCAUCGCUAAAACUAUUAACUUAGCCGUAUGGGGAGUUUCACUGCUAGUCAAUCUGCCCAUCGUUAUCUACAGCGGUGUGAUUACAAAGCACAAUGGCUGCUUCUGCACCAUUGUGUGGCCCGAACCUCAAGAGACCUACUACACAGUCUUCAUGUUCUACACCUUCAUUCUGGGCUUCUUCCUUCCCCUAAUGGUCAUCUGCCUCUGCUACCUGCUCAUCAUCAUCAAGGUAAAGUCUUCAGGCAUCCGAGUAGGCUCCUCCAAAAGGAAGCGAUCGGAACGCAAGGUCACCCGGAUGGUUUCCAUUGUUGUGGCUGUGUUUGUGUUCUGCUGGCUGCCUUUCUACGUUUUCAACGUCACCUCGGUGACAGGCAGCAUCAGCACCACCCCCAUCCUGAGGAGCACCUUUGCCUUCGUGGUGGUUCUAGGAUACGCCAACAGCUGUGCCAACCCAAUCCUCUACGCCUUCUUGUCAGAGAACUUCAAAAAGAGCUUCCAGAAUGUUCUCUGCCUUAAGAAGGUAGGAGGGCUGGAUGAGGUCGAUCGCAGUGACAGUCGGCAGGACAAAUCUCGCAUGAUGAAUGACCCAACAGAGACCCAGAGUACUUUGCUCAAUGGCGACCUGCAGACCAGCAUCUAGCAAGUUUUACCAAACUAUUUACGAUCUUCCCGGAAAGACCCGUAUUAUUAGGCAUCGUUAAACUGAAAAAUACAAGGCACCAUAUCAGUUGGACUUCUCAGCAUUAUAGAGAACCUAAACAAAAAAAUCACAGGUUCAUACAAAUCUCCUUAGUAAGCUAUAAGAGAGCUUUUAUGAAGGAGRCCUGAGGGAACAUAACAAGCAAUGACACCUACUUGGCAAAUGGUCCCCUGGGUGACAUGGAUUUUCCCUGGAGACUCAGUAUUAUAUAUGUUGUUUACAACRGAGGACCUGCAUCAAGUUUCCCAGCAAUGUUUGAAAAUUACAGUGGAACAGAGGGCUGUAAAGGAACACGUAGUUGUUAGAGCUGCGUGUUCCCAGUUAUGAUUCCCUGGGAAGAAUAUAUUUCUGUAAAUAACUGUGCAUAUAAUGGACCAGACAUAAAGAUUGUUUAAAAAAACGGA